CGACAGUAUGUCGAUUAACUUUGUUCCUCGAAUGGACAAUAACGAAGUCAACUAUCUUGCACAAAUGGCUUCGGGAUUUAAAGAGUUUGCGAAAAGCAAUGCAAUAGAAAAGAUAGUGGUGCAAAUACUUAAGCCCUUACGGGAGUAGCUGAGAGUUGAGAAAGUUUGCGUAAUAGAGAAAGACGGUGAUGACUGGCGUGCACCACUGUUGUCUUACUUGCAAGAUCCAAACAAGACUGUUGACCAUGUCGUCAAGUUUAGAGCAAGGAGCUACGUAGUUUUGGAUGGGACCUUGUAUAAACGCAGACCUGAUGGGUUAUUAUUAAAAUGCUUGGGGGGCAAGGAAGCAUUGCAAGCUAUGGCAGAGGUGCAUGAAGGAAUAUGCGGAGCCCAACAAGCUAGUCCUUCCAUGCGAUGGAUUCUACAUCGCUACGGAUUCUACUGGCCCACCAUCGGGCCAGAUUGUGUCGCGUAUGCCAAGGGCUACGAAGCUUGUCAACGUCACAGUCCUGUUCAAAGAGCGCCGGCGGUCGAUCUGAAAUCCAUAAUCAAACCGAGGCCGUUUUAUGGUUGGGCCAUGGAUUUGAUUGGUAUGAUUUACCCUCCAUCGUCAAAGAAACAUGUUUUCAUAAUUUUGGCCACUGACUACUUCACUAAGUGGGUGGAGGCCAAACCGUUGAAGGUGGCGAACCAAGAGGAAGUGAUUUCGUUCAUACAAGGACAGUGUUGAAGGGGGAAAACAGUGUUGUUUAUUGGCCUAAAACGACUAUGCCGCGGCUCUUAGUUUUUAUUUGAGAAAAGAAAAAAACUCAGGCCACUUAUCUGCAGCUUUGCGGGAAGAGUGCCGCCAGGUCUGUUUUGAGAAGAGCAGCAUUGUUAGAAUAAAAAAAAUAUAAAAAAGGGAGAGAGAGUGCGGCCAAAAGAGCACUGAUUAAAAAAAAUCAAAAUCUGGACUGUUUGGACGUGAAACAGUGAUGCGAGUGCGAGGCCACACAACCGGACGCAAUAGAGAAGAAUAAUAAUAUAAAAAUCGGCCAUGGGUAAAAUAAAAAUAAAAAACAGUACUGGUU